AUGACAGAAUCCGAUCUCAAACAACAGGACACAUUCGAACAGACCUCAUCAAUGGAGAAUACCACAAUGACAUCCGCAGAAGGUGGCAAUGCAGACACCGACGCAGCCGCGGAGUUGGACAAGCAAUCUCAAUCUCAAGCUCAGCCAACCUCCGCCGAAUGCAGUCGACCAGAAGCUCCAUCAGAGUCUGAACCUGUACCACCGACAUCACGCGGCAUGGUUAUCUUCGGCCCGUCUUUUCCCGACCUCCCUGCUCCUCCUCGUCCUGCAAGCCUUUUCAGCCUCCCAGCGGACGUGGUGUGCUCCAUCGCCGGCCACCUCGAGUACCCGGACGUCGUCUCGCUCCAGCAGAGCGACGACGGGCUCGCCGAGGCUCUGGCCACGCACUCGAACUCCUCCGACCGAUCCUCGUGGAUCGAGUCGCGCGUGCACCUCGGCCUCCCCGUCCCCACCGGCCAACCAGACUUCAAGACCGACGCGGCCUUCCUGUCCAACCGCAAGCUCCGGGGCUUCGUGGCCGCCCGCGCUGACCACGGCGAGUGCCUGUCCCAAGACGACCGGAGUGUCGCCCGCAGCCUCGCCCGCAUGCGCCACGGCAAUCGCAAGGGCACCAACCUGUGCUUCAUCACGGGUGGGCCGUGCGUUGCCGUCCUCGAACGACGCCACCGCCUCCAUGUCCUCAAUCGUCGUCGUCAACGCGGCGCGGGCCCAACGGUGGUCGACAAGGUGUGGUGGGGGGUCCGACUGUGCGUGGCAGUCCCGUUGUGUCUGGUGCUGUUGUGGGUGGCCUACCAAAUUCACAUGUUGUUGUUUUAG